UUAACUCUUUAACUCCCAACUUCCUUCGCUGCUCUCAAAAACUGUCGGCAGAAACGACUCUUUCCAGUAACUGUUUCUCUUUUUUCGGUCCUUGUGUGUUGAUCGGAACCUGAGAUUUCCGGGCGCCGCCGUCGAGUUUAAACCACCGUCAACAAUGCACCUCCCCCGUGGCUACUUAUGGAAUAUGAUAAUGUUGGUGAGUUUUGUAGUGGUGGCCGGGAAGUUUGUUCUGGUUGAAUCAGCUCAGCUUCCAAACCGUACCACAGCUUCGCAUUGGCUCCCGGCCACCGCCACUUGGUACGGCAGCCCAGAAGGCGACGGCAGCGACGGUGGGGCAUGUGGGUACGGUAGUUUGGUGGAUGUGAAGCCAUUCAAAGCAAGAGUAGGAGCGGUGAGUCCAAUCCUAUUCAAGGACGGGGAAGGGUGUGGUGCGUGCUACAAAGUUCGGUGCUUGGAUCGAGCCAUAUGCGCCAGACGGGCCGUUACCAUCAUAGUGACCGACGAGUGUCCAGGUGGGUAUUGCUCCAAUGGCCGGACUCACUUCGACCUGAGUGGUGCCGCCUUCGGACGUAUGGCGGUGGCUGGCGCGGGCAGCCGUCUCCGAGACCGAGGGGAGUUGACCGUCGCAUACAGAAGGACUCCAUGUAGGUAUAGAGGAAAGAAUAUAGCGUUCCAUGUGAAUGAAGGUUCGACAGAUCAUUGGCUUUCGCUUUUGGUGGAGUUCGAGGAUGGAGAUGGAGAUAUUGGUUCUAUGCAAAUCAGACAAGCAAACUCAAAAGAGUGGAUGGAAAUGGCACAUGUGUGGGGUGCAACAUGGUGCAUAAAUGGAGGGCCUUUAAAGGGUCCAUUCUCAGUGAAGUUAACCACAUUAUCCACAGCUAAAACUCUCUCAGCCAGAGAUGUUAUUCCAAGGAAUUGGUCUCCAAAGGCAACUUACACUUCUCGCUUGAACUUCUCCUAAAACUAAAUACCCCUCCUUCAACUUUCUUCAAAUAUAAACCCUUCUACCUACUACUGAUCAUAUAUGUAGUAUGUCAAAGUCCUUAAUUAGCCUUAGAUUUAUAUCAUAAUGUAGCCCUCUCCAAAGGGAGAGAGAGCGUUCUCUUUUUGUACUUCAUGUAUCGUUUUUGUUGAUCCUAUGUGUUUUUCAAUUAUAAAUGAAUCGGAUGUGUUUAGUUUAA